AAUCUAUUCGUAUUUGAGUCGAUCGAGGAAGAGUAAAUACGAUCAUCUACUGGGCUCCAUAACAACCACGGGCCCAUACUGAUCCACCCCCGAGGGCAAUCCCUAUCCAUCCUGUUCCCGUCAGAUAAAAUUUGGCAGCCCUGCGCCUGCGGUGUGGGCGACCAACAACCCUCGUCACCACAGGCUGCUGCUGUCGUUGCAUCUCCUCGCCUCCUCCACCCCCACCGGAUUCCCUCGGAGGAAAUGUCGGACUCGGAGGAGCAUCACUUCGAGUCCAAGGCCGACGCAGGCGCCUCCAAGACCUACCCGCAGCAGGCCGGCACCAUCCGCAAGAACGGAUACAUCGUCAUCAAGAAUCGUCCUUGCAAGGUUGUUGAGGUCUCCACCUCCAAGACUGGGAAGCAUGGCCAUGCCAAGUGCCACUUUGUCGGCAUUGACAUUUUCAAUGGAAAGAAGCUUGAGGAUAUUGUUCCUUCAUCCCACAACUGUGACGUCCCACAUGUUGCUCGCACUGAAUAUCAGCUGAUUGACAUUUCUGAAGAUGGAUUUGUCAGCCUUUUGACCGAGAGUGGCAACACUAAGGAUGACCUGAAGCUUCCCACUGAUGAAGUUCUGCAGGCCCAGAUCAAGAAUGGAUUGAAUGAAGAAGGAAAGGAUAUGAUCCUGACUGUGAUGUCCGCCAUGGGGGAAGAACAGAUCUGUGCUGUCAAGGAGAUUGGGGGCAAGAGCUAAGCUGAUUUGCUCCUGCGGUUCGCUUGCGAUACUUGCUGUCUAGUCCUGAGUGUUGAGAACCUGAGUUGAGAUAAAGUGACUUUGUUUUAUUUUACCCCUGAAUUCUUGGCAAGGUGUUCCUUAGUACUUGGUUAUCGAUUCCUGGUAUCCUUUUGAACUGAAUGGAUGGUGUAACUCUGGUUGAGAUAAAGUGAACCUUUUAAGUUAUCUGAGUUGCCAAGAACCUGAGUUGAGAUAAAGUGAGCCUUUAAGUUAUCUGUCGAUGAAGUGACUUUGGUUUAUUUUA